CUUGCGCGCACGGGCUCGCCAACCCCCCCCCGCGGCCACCAAAAGCCGCGCACCACGAGGUCGCUCCUUUCCCAGGGUCGCUCUUGCGUGUAGUCAGACAGAGCAGCUUCCGAAGCCGGUUUUGGUUCAAGGCAGUUGGCGCUCGAGGCGUCCUGGCGCGCAGCGUAUAAUCAGCUCUGGGUGUCGCCGGCUGUGCGCCGGGCCAGACGGCUGCGCGCCCUCCGCGCGUGCCAGCACGCGCGGAAGCGUGCACCGCACUGGCCCGCUGCGCGGUCGGCGUCGUCCAACCAGUCGGCACCGAGAGAUGGCGGCACCAAGGCGUACCUCCUGCCUCCUCAGCGCCGCGCUGCUCAGCGCCGGCCUCCUGCUGGCCCUGCAGGGCAGCACGGCCUUCGUGCCGGCCGCCGCGCGCGGCGGCCCCUCGGCCGAGGCAGUGGCCCUCGGCCUGACCGCGCCCGCGCUGCUGGGCGCGUCGGCCGCGGUCGCCGGGGAGCCGCCCAGCGUCGGGGACCACUGGUACUGGGACCUCGGCUUCGGCUCCCUCCACGGCGAGACCGCGUCCAUCAUCCUGCUGGUCUUCUUCCUCUACCUCGGCUUUGCGCUCAUCGGCGCCGGCGGCUCGUCCAGGAAGGCCGCGUGAGCCGCGACGGACCGGCUUCUACGGUCUCGCGGCGUGAGGUCCCCCCUCCUCCGCGGCGGGAGGGGGCGCGGCCGGCCAGCCAAAUGGCGACGCUUUUGUGUGCGCCAUGAGUUUAGCAAGAAAAGACCCGCCGUCCAGACCUGAUGGCGACUCGAGAAAA